AUGGAUCCAGCUUGCUGCGGGUGCAUCUGCGAGGCCGAGAAUGCAGAGGCUCUGCCAGUCAAUCGCAAACAUACUUGGCCGCAGUGCAUAUUCAUCGCGACGUCAAUCUCGCUGUGCAUCACCGUGGACAUUCUCCAGUACAGCAUGCCCCUGGCGUUCCUCCCAUCCGUGCUGGAGGACAGGGGCCACGGCACGUUCGAGAUCGCAACGGCCAUCGGCGUGUACUACUGGACGGGGUUCCUGGGCUGCACCCUGAUUACCGCGUACCAAAUAUUCUUGCUGCUGAAAGGUGAAGGCCACGAGACCAUGACCAGCCUCGUGAGCGCUCGGCGGUGGCUCGUGUACCUGAUGAUUGGGCUCGGCUUCGGCACCGUGACGCUCGCUUUCCAGGCCAUGAGCCCGCGCCUGAUGAUGCACACGUCUUGCCGCUUCGUUCAGGGGUUUGCCGGCUCGUUCAUUUUCUUCUACUCCUUCCUGUUGAACGUCGAGGUUUUCGAGGGCACCCAGCAGAUCUUCUCCAUGACCAUGGCGUCCAUCGCUCUGAACAUCGCGGAGGUUCUGGGUUCGUCAAUGGGCGCGUGGGUCUUCCAUCACUUCGGCCAGCGUUCUGUAUUUUCGUUUCUCGCCGUGGCCUCGUUGCUAAACCAGAUUCUCCUACUCGUCGUCACGCUCAGCCUGACUGCGGCUGAGCGCUCUCCCGACGAACAUUCGUACAUUACCACUCCACGGACGCCCUUCCAGUCGCAGACCAGUUGGAGAAGGUUGACGCUCUUGCUCACCAGCAGGCGAAUGGGACUGGCGGUCAUCCUGAUCACGACGUCGGCCGUCGUGAAGGGGUCAGUCGAGGAGAUCCUGCCGUUCCACGCAGACCAUCGCUGGAACUUUGAUCCAAUGAUGAUUGGCCAGCUCUUUCUAAUCAUCGCGCUUGCCUACAUUGUAUCCGCAGCCCUGGUCGGGCGAGCAUGGGUAGCCAUGCACGACUGCCGGAUCGUCUUCAGCGCAUUCUGGCUCACCGCGCUGGGCAUCUCGGCCUAUUGCGUGCUG